AGCACAGCGUGGUCGUGAAGAAGAGAGGCGCUAAAGCCUCAUGUGUCUCUUGGUCGUGUACGUCCAUCACCCGCUUGACUGCAUUUACUCACUUAGUCGUCUUGAAAUAGCUAUUUAGUCGUGGAACCACAUAUCUUGGGAAAUGUCUGAAGAGUCAGGAACUAGUACGCGUCGAUCGACACGCAUAAAAGCUGCUCCCACUAAACAGCCAAAGACGGUUGUCGCAGACGAGAAACCAUCUGCAGGGCCUUGUACUGGCUCUAAGCGGAAGACCAGAGAUUCUGCUGCAGGCCCUGCUAAUCAGAUAGAAUCUCUCUUGACGGAUGCAAAGAGCCCGCUUACGAUGAUGAACAUCUUUGUACGUGCAGUACUUCAUGCCGGAGCGAAUGAAUUGGACUCGUGGCGUUUUGAAUUAUGAGAAUUUCAUCAACCUAUCUGCCGAGUCUCAGCAGAAACUGUGCAAUCUGUUGCCGCCAACGGCUUUCUGCACAUAUCAACGCACUGUUGACCCAACUCACCCUUGUUUACGGCGUAAUUCACGUUCUUCAGGCGCCGGCAGCAUGGAUGUUGACACAAUACCUGGCCCGUCGAGUGAAUCUUCCUUGAAUGAUUUACCUGAGCGCUCCCCAGCGACGUUGGACCCAUCAAUCUUCACAUCGUCAUUCUUCCAGUCAGCUGCGCUGACGUUUCAGGAUCAGUUAUUUUCUUCGUGGUUCUCACAGAAAGCAAAAGAGACACAGGAGAAAUAUGAGCGCGGUGUUCGGGACGGAACUAUGCACGCUGAGUGGAAGGACGAAGUAUGGGAACGAGAAAACGACGUGUCGAGUUUGACCCGCAAUACUCAUGGCACCGAUCUCGCUGGACUGGCCAAGCGCUCACUAAUAAAGGAAGGCGACAUGAUGGUGUACAAGAGAACCUUUUCUUCAUGCAAUGUCACCGUCGAGAAGGAUCUGCUGGUUCAUUUCGUCAACCCACAGUCGCAUUCCCUUACACUACUUCUUCCACCGAACGUGGACCGAAAUUUACCGCCACAACUCCUGGUCAUUUGCCCGCCGGAACCCAAACCACCUACAUUAAAUACUGAUGGCAUUCUCAGUUCCGUUGAGCUCGAGCAUGAGAUUCUGGAAACCGAUGGUCGAGUUUCAAGGGCGGAACGAUAUACUGAAAUUAAUGAUAUGAUCAAGUCGAGAAGGACGCCGCUGACAUCCAUGCUUACACAUGACCCUUUCGAUACAGCAGCUUUGGCGACGUCGGCCAAAGCUGCGAAGUCGUUGAGUGUAUGGCGUUGGCGAGAAGAAAUGAAGGCUGAGAUUGAGCUCCAGAUGAUCCAGGAGAGGGGAGGACGAGAGUUGCUAGGCACGAUAUAUCAUUUGCGUAACUCUUAGAAGUGAGGGUUCCCGAACUAGAGUCAGACCAUGUACAUGUGUAUUUUUGUUUGGAUUUUACCGCACACAUUUGGAUAUCGACAAUUUCUUUAUCGGUUUAGCCUAU